CUAAAAACAAACAUAACUCCCGUAUCAGUAAAAAUAUUUUCUUGAAAAAGAGUAAAGAAAAGGAGAGGAAGAAAGAGAGAGCUUCUUUAGUACGGAUAGCACAGUGAAGCCAACGAUACCUUACCAACUGUAGUCUUGUCUGGGAGAGGUUCUUCGCUAUUCGAGUUUCGACUAUCUAAUGGCGAUUCCAGCUCUGAGUCAUUUAUCGCAAGUUCUGGUUCCGGUGACCAUAUAUUCACCGCUGAAUACUCCUUCUUUGACUGCUGCAAAUGAGUUCCAAUUGUAGUGCUGCUUUGCUGUUCUUAUGCUCACUUGAAGCGUGAUCUCGCCGUUGAUUUGUUGGGAUAUUGCAGAUCUAAGUUGUCCGGGUCAAUCAACGGCGUCGGUUAUGUCGGUGCUUGCUGUUUCGGACACUGUCGCUGAUUCUAAUGGUUACACGUCGUGUCAUUUCGAUUUACUUCGUGGAGCAUUUAGGAAGUUCCAUUUGUUAUUGAAGCUGUUGCUUGCUCUGUCUUGCAUAAUUUGUAGUACGAAUUCUGAGUUGGCUGAUAAUCUGCUCAAAGCACCGUCAGUAUCUCCAAGUAGAUCACCUUUGACUGCACCAGCUGUUCCUGACCUGCCUCUUCCAGCUGAUCUUCCAGGGCUUCAUGGGUCACGAAAAAGGCAUUUUUCCCCACAUGGGGCACCAGGACUCAAGAUUGCCCCAGCCCAUCCUCCUUUCUACGAUCCCCUGGUCACUUCUGGUCACCCCUCUGCAAGUUCACAUUUAUCGAGGCCAUUGAUGAAGAGAAGUAAGUUUGUGCCUCCUAGUGCUGGCUUGGCUGAUAUAGCUCCAGUGCAAUCCAGUAGCGGUGCAGUACCUUCUGGUUUAGCUCAGCCACCUUUAUCUCCUUAUGUCUCUGAUUGUUGCAAACCAGAUACAGUAUUGAAACGAGGGAGUCGCGGUUGCCACUGUGUGUAUCCCAUAAAGCUUGACCUUCUCCUCUUAAAUGUCUCACAAAACCCUAACUGGAAUGCUUUUCUAAAUGAAUUUGCUGGCCAACUUGGUCUUCACUCUUCCCAAAUUGAGCUGAUAAACUUUUAUGUACUCAGUUUAUCAAGAUUAAAUAUUUCAAUGGAUAUUACUCCACAUACUGGAAUCAGUUUUUCUGCCAGUGAGGCAUCUGCGAUAAACUCAUCACUUUUCACCCACAAGGUUCAUUUUGACUCUACACUGGUUGGUGAUUACAAGCUUCUCAAUCUUACCUGGUUUGAGCCUCCAGCACCUUCUCGAGCUCCUCUUGUUGCUUCUUCCCCUGUGGAACCACCAACACACUCAUCUUCGUCAUCCCCGGCAAUAAGCUCGUCAAAAAAAGGAAAACAUUCAAGUUUGGUUCUUAUAUUUGGUAUUUCUGCCAGCAUACUCAUCAUUGGUAUCAUUUUUGUGGUUAUAAUCUGCUCAUGUGCCCUCCGUGACCGAAAAACUACAGUACCUGCUGAAGAAACCACAAAGCCAAGGACAGCAGAUGCUGUUCCAGCCGGAGGAUCUUUUCCCCAUCCAACCAGCACAAGGUUUCUAGCAUAUGAAGAACUCAAAGAGGCAACAAACAACUUUGAACCUGCAAGCAUACUAGGAGAGGGUGGUUUUGGCAGAGUUUUCAAAGGUAUCUUGAGCGAUGGUACAGCUGUGGCAAUUAAGAGGCUUACCAGCGGAGGGCAACAAGGGGAUAAAGAAUUUCUGGUUGAGGUUGAGAUGCUGAGCAGGCUGCAUCACCGCAAUCUUGUGAAACUUGUUGGUUACUACAGCAGUCGUGAUUCUUCACAGAACUUACUAUGUUAUGAGCUUGUUCCAAAUGGAAGCUUAGAGGCCUGGCUCCAUGGUCCUCUUGGAGUAAAUUGUCCUUUGGACUGGGACACUAGAAUGAGGAUUGCACUUGAUGCUGCAAGAGGACUUGCAUACUUGCAUGAGGACUCUCAACCAUGUGUUAUCCACCGAGAUUUCAAGGCAUCCAAUAUAUUACUGGAGAACAAUUUUCAUGCUAAGGUUGCCGAUUUUGGCCUUGCCAAGCAGGCACCUGAAGGGAGAGCGAAUCACCUAUCUACACGAGUAAUGGGCACAUUUGGGUAUGUAGCACCUGAAUACGCUAUGACCGGACAUCUUCUGGUAAAAAGUGAUGUUUAUAGCUAUGGAGUGGUACUCCUUGAAUUGCUGACUGGAAGGAAGCCUGUGGAUAUGUCACAACCAUCGGGGCAGGAAAACCUUGUUACUUGGGCCAGGCCAAUUCUAAGGGACAAGGAUAGGCUGGAAGAGCUUGCCGAUCCAAGACUUGGGGGAAAGUAUCCAAUGGAGGAUUUUGUACGGGUUUGCACAAUUGCUGCUGCUUGUGUUGCACCCAAGGCAAGCCAAAGGCCCACAAUGGGUGAAGUUGUACAGUCACUUAAAAUGGUGCAGCGUGUUACAGAAUAUCAGGAUUCAACAUUGAACUCUAGCAAAACACAGCCCAACCUUAGACAGUCAUCUACUACUUUUGAGUCUGAUGGUACAUCAUCGAUCUUCUCUUCUGGGCCUUACUCAGGAUUAAGUGCCUUUGAAAAUGACAACAUUUCUCGGACAGCAGUUUUCUCGGAAGAUCUUCAUGAAGGAAGAUGAGAGCAUUAGGAAGGUAAGUUUAAAUUUAAGGCUUUUCAUUGCCAAUACAGAGGCAUGAGGAAUUUUCCAGAUUAGAAGAUGAUGGAAUUUGGAAGAGGAUUUUCUGAAAAUUUAAGAUUUUGUAAGAUCAGUUGGGAUUGGGAAUGGGUUCUUUUGUUAUACCUAGUGGAGAAUCAUUGUUCAGUUUUCCCCAAACAAUGGUUCUUCACAUGGUAGGCAAAAUUUUGUAUAUAUUGUCUUGUAGAUUUUUGUAUCGUGUUGGGGUUUCAAGGUUUUUAUUUAAUUCUUUUCCUUU